AUGAUGUCCUCCACCAACGAGGAGGACCCCUUCCUCCAGGUCCAGCAAGAUGUCCUCGCGCAGCUCUCGUCGACGCGCCCCCUCUUCGCCUCGUACCUCCGCAUCCGCUCGCUCUCCACCUCCCCCUCCUCGCCCGAGCUCGCCUCCGCCCGCGACGACCUCGAGUCCGCCCUCGGCUCCCUCGCCGAGGACCUCGCCGACCUCGUCGCCUCCGUGCAGGCCAUCGAGCGCGACCCCGCCCAGUUCGGCAUCUCCGCCGACGAGGUCGGCCGCCGCAGGCACCUCGUCCAGGAGGUCGGCGGCGAGAUCGAGGAUAUGCGCGAGGAGCUCAACAAGAAGCUCGCCACGGGCGGCGCGCGACGCGACGAUGACCACAACGGCAACCUGCCCGACCCCAACUCGUUUGCCAUCGCCGACGGCGACGACGGCGAGGCUGACGGGUACGCCGAGUUCGAGCAGCAGCAGCAGGUCGAGAUGAUGCGCGAGCAGGACCAGCACCUGGACGGCGUGUUCCAGACCGUCGGAAACCUGCGCCGCCAGGCUGACGACAUGGGCCGCGAGCUUGAGGAGCAGGGCGAGAUGCUGGACCUCGUUGACGAGGCGGCCGAUCGCGUGGGCGGCAGGCUGCAGACGGGCAUGAAGAAGCUGCAGUACGUGAUGCGCAAGAACGAGGACAAGUGGAGCAGCUGCUGCAUCGCCGUCCUCAUCUUCGUGCUGAUUCUGCUGCUGGUCCUGCUCUUGAUUCUCUAG